GGAGAUUGUAUGGACGGAUCACAUUAGUAUUCCUGUCCUAUCAAUGUGCGGGGCCACGACCAACGUCAGCCGGACCGACUCGGUGCGUCUGCCAGUCCCGCCACGGAUUCAUCUGGGAUCCUCACACAGACCAGCCAGCAAAGACGAGGGAUCAAGGCGACCGAUUAGCGCCAGUUGCCUGCUGCGGAUCAGUUCGCCCCUUCCAGGCCUGGCGACUGUGGAGGGAGGGGAGAGACGAGCGGCGCACCGCUGCGGGAAGACACCGAAGCAAGAGCGACACCCCCUCCCGCCCCCCACCUUGCAGCGCAGGCUUUUGAACGCCGCUUCCCCCAUCUGAAUGGAAACUCGGAACCGCCCGGCGGCGCGUUCCUCCUCGCUCAGUCUGUCAAUCCAUGCCGAGAGGAAGGCGGUGCAAGUCCGCGCCAGCAGCGUCCAGCUCCCGGGACAGGGCCGGCAACGCUGCUGAGCAGAACUUGAUCGCGCCUCUUCGUCGCUGCUAGUGGAAGCGAUGCUGCACCGCACAGGCAGCGCUUCCCCGGCUCUCCUUCAGGCUGAAGGUUACCCACCCGCGCAGCCAGCCGCAACCUUGUGAGCCGCGCGCCUCAGGUCCCGGCUCCGGCUGCUCCGCGGCGGCGUGCAGGGGGCAACCACCGGGCCGCCCGCGCCGGGGCGCACUGCACCAGCGGCUUCGGCUUAGUGGAUGUGUAUGCAUGAGUUCUGCACCGAAUGGGCGCAAAAAGCGCCCCAGUCGGUCCACCCGCUCCUCGAUCUUCCAGAUCAGCAAGCCUCCGCUGCAGAGCGGGGAUUGGGAGCGCAGGGGCAGCGGCUCCGAAAGCGCCCAAAAAACCCAACGAGCCCUGGACGACUGUAAGAUGCUUGUCCAAGAGUUCAACACACAAGUGGCCCUGUACCGAGAGUUGGUCAUUUCCAUCGGGGACGUCUCAGUCAGUUGCCCCUCACUACGGGCGGAAAUGCACAAGACAAGAACCAAAGGCUGUGAAAUGGCCCGUCAGGCACACCAAAAGCUGGCUGCCAUCUCAGGCCCGGAAGAUGGUGAGAUCCAUCCCGAAAUCUGCCGGCUUUACAUCCAGCUGCAGUGUUGCCUAGAGAUGUACACAACGGAGAUGCUGAAAUCCAUUUGUCUGCUGGGGUCUCUUCAGUUUCAUCGAAAAGGAAAGGAAGCUAGUGGGGGAGCGAAGAGUUUGGAGAGCAAAACUGAGGAGAACGCUGAACCACCUGCCCUGGAGGACUCCUCCCUGUCCCCGCUAGACGGCCAGCAGCAGUCCUGGCAGGUUUCCACGGACAUCGAGAACACUGAAAGAGACAUGCGGGAAAUGAAAAACCUCCUCAGCAAACUCAGGGAAACCAUGCCUUUACCGCUGAAAAAUCAAGAUGACAGCAGCCUUCUGAAUUUAACUCCCUACCCCAUGGUCAGAAGACGGAAGAGAAGGUUCUUCGGGUUGUGUUGUCUUGUGUCAAGCUAGGCGGUUCCCCCUGGAAACUCACCGCAGAGAUCGCCUGAAAAACACCCCAGAACUGGAAACCUCCACACAGCCAAACGCCGAGAAUGGUUUUGACCACCUUUUUUAUGCUUCCUUCUUACUUUUAUCUGCCUCUCCCUGCCCUUUUCAAUAAUUUUACACUUGAAAGCAGCUGUCAUCAAGGAAAAAAAAAAAGAACAGAUUCAAAAAUUGCAGCCUGUUUUUAAAGGGGUUUUUAAAAGUUGACAUUGUGCAUGUCUGCUCUGAACCAUGCCAUGACAGAUGCAAGAAUUAUGAUUUUUAAAUUAUUUAAAGGUUUUUUUUAAAAUGUAUUAUACAGAGAAAAAUUAUUUCACAUAUAAUAGUAUAUCUGUAGCUCUUGCUGAUCUCAUGUUAAUCAUUUACCAGAUAUGAAAGAUGUCUCUAAACAUAGAAAUCUAUUUUAAACAGCAAAACUGUUCAAAAACGCAACCUAUGAGUAUCAUUAGAAAUAAUACUAUACCCGAACACACACCACCUCACGUGUUGUUUUCCCUAAGCUCAUUUACAUUUAGUCUUCCAUUCUGUCAGAAUCUAAGUGUCACCAUAAAAAAAUCAUAAUUUAUAGUGCAACAAAACCAUAUAUGAAACAUGUAUUUUGUAAAUACUCAAUAAUCCUAUUAUCUUCGUACACUGCAUAUGGGCAACUAAUUUCCUUUUAAUCCAAUGGUGUCUUUUUAAGCUUCUUGGAAAAUGAAGUUAUCCAGUUAGGAAAUGGUGUAGUAACCUAUACAAUUACCCUCAGAUGUAAAACUGAAUAUUAUCACAUUUUGUUUGAAUUGAAACCUGAAGCAUGGAGUCCGCACAUCAGCAUAGUGUUCAAUCUUUUAGGGCAUGCCAGAAUUAGCUCAGAAAAUAAACUCUUUAACAUUUUACAUUAUUAAUGAAGAAAAUGUUUUAGUUGAGCUUAGCUUGUCUCAUUUUAGAUGACUAUGCAGAUACGGCUUUUCCAAUGUUACUCUGUGUCUUGUCUUAAUGUCUAGCAUCUUGAGAGCAGGACACACUAAGCAAUACUGUAUUUUAGCAAAGGGGGAGCCACCUACUAUGCUUCCACGCUCAUGGCUCUGUUCUUGCACUGAACUGGUUCUAUGGUACAAAUCCCAUUUUCUUUUACUUUCUUCUGUCCUCCCUUUGACCCUUUUCCCGAGCAGAAUUCGCCGUGAGUUGGAAGAUGGAUCUUUGCACUUUUUGCCUUGUUCUCCAUUCUCUGAACAGUCUUCAAGUCAGACAGGAGGUGCUGGUGCCCAACCUUGAGAGGGACAAACUAGCUUCAAGUGGUGGCUUUAAGCCCGGGUCUGGCUAGGCACUGAUUUGGACACUGACAUCAAUAUCCUGGCCUAAAAACAAAAUGGUGUAAAGCCUUUCACUUUACAGAACAUGGAAAACAUGGACAAUUAUUGUAUUCGGUUGAAUUCUAUGAAAUGGCUGAUAUCUGACUGUUUUGACCUAUUUAAAAAUGGCAGUUUCACAUAAUUCAACCUAAUAUCUGGAAAGAAAACUGUACAGUACUUUAAAUUUUCUCCUAUCUUUUUGUAUUAAAAGUGAAAGAAUUCAGGGAUGAAAAAGGCCUCCAAAGUCUCUCACUGGUCUGCAUUUCCGUUCCACCAGUUGCUGUGGGCUAAUCUCUUGGAACCCCACACUACGUUCCACUGAGCCUUUAACUGAUGCUUUCAUUGUUACAGACAUGAGUGGAUUCACUAGAAGAAGUACUUCUGACAACUUACAGGAGAAAAUUAUAGUUGUUCUGAAUUGGAGUGUUCAUGAAGCAAUGGAAGGAAUGUGUUAUUUAGACUCCUGACAAAGCAAGGAACCGCUCGCUCCCAGCUCACCUGGCCCCGACAUCUUGACUAAGCUUCGUAUUCCCUCCAGAAUACAGGUCUCUUCAAGUGAGAUAGAGGUUAUCUCAUUUAUGAGCUAUUGUUUCUAAAUGGCAUGUUCUCAGCCCCCGUCUCUGUUCUGUCACACUCUCUGACUGAACUGAACCCCACACUUCAGCCUUGUUCCUAGCAAUCCAUGCAGACUUGCUGACGGAUAAGCCCGCAGGGUGCAGGGUGCAGCACGCUCCUGUUGCUGCCUGACCUAAAUCGCUCCGGCUUUAGUUCAUUUGCGUUCGCUCUCUCCUUAGUUGCAACGUGAUAAUAACACCUUUUGUGCAAUUGUCCUUUGUACAACUGAAGACUGUUAAAAAAAAAAAAAAUCAGGUCUCACCUCCAUGUCUGAGAACGCCAUGGUAGCUAUUCAUGGAGAUGGGAAUACGUCUAAUCGCCUAGCCAGACUUCUGUAUUUAAGGUAAUAUAGUCCAAGCACCUUACCUUUUAUUCAGUGCCUGUUCUCCAGCCUUUGCUCAGUUUUAUAGCUCCCACAGACACACUCUGAGAUUUACAGACAACCAUGAAGUAGCAGGUCCUAAAGCAACCUUUAGUAAUCUAAGCUCUGAUAACUAUGUUGGCUUCUGGUUGCCGUCGGUGAUUCACCACCUCCCCUUAGAUAUGCCAAGUGCAUCCGGUAGGAGCUGCCCCUCUCUCCUGUCACCUUGCCAAUGGACUGUCUCAGGUGUGGUUCCAUGAGAUAAAGCUGCUGCCUCCCUCCCUGCGGAAGGUUAUCUUUGAGCUUACAGAAGCACCCAGCCCAUCUGGCGUAGGAGAAAACGCUGACUAUUGUCUCACAAACAAACCCACAUGCUUCAAACAGAAAAGAAUGACACUUUUUUGCGUGUGGCACACACUCAUUUUAUCACCUUACUUUUUAUUACCUAUUUUAGCUUUUCCUGCAAAUUGUAAAGAAUACAUUUGUGUGUGUGUGUGUGUGUGUGUGUGUGUGUGUGUAUGUGUGUGUGUGAAACCUGUAGAACAUCACCAUGUAUAAAAGUAAGUAUCAUCUGGACCCCCCCUCCACAAAUGUUUUGUGUAAAACCAAGUUCCUGGGCUCUAAAUCAGUUGGGGGCAGACCCAAAGGCUUCUUCGAAGAAAUAUGAAGUAACAGUAAGGCCAAAGGUUCACUUCGAUGUCUGAUCCCUGAUGUGUAGCGUCUAGAUGCAGACCCACUGAGAGCUGCCCUGUUGUACCAUUCGUUGUUUGGGUACAAAGAAAGCUAUAGAUGCAUCAAGAGUCCUAAUGCCGGCGAAAUUCUCAAGCCUGCCCAACCUUUGGGUUCCUCCUUACGCCUGUGAAAAGUUAGGAUGCUCAUAUUUAGGCAAUGCUGCCACCUAGUGGAAGGCCAGCUUCACAAUGACACAAAGCAAGUAUUCAAACCCGUCUCGUUUAUUUUAGAAAACCCGUGAAUGGACCAGAUUAACAACGAACCCAUUAGGACUUCCAAACUGUGAACAUCUCAGGAUUGAAAGAAUUACGAA